AUUUGGAACAGAAGGAAAUCAUAGCAAUACCAAAAGGAAAGGACAAGAAUAAUGACUGAAUCUAUUAGUCUUCCUAACGGCAGAACUGAUGGCUUGCUUCGUCUUUCCAGCGCUCUUGGCAGUGACAACCAGCACAACGAAAACGCAGACUUGAUUGUAUGGCUGGAUACCGCGACCGUCGACGACCUUCGUUUGGCUUAUCCCGUGCUACUGAAUUGGUGCCGGAACUCCUUUGUGAAAUCGGCUAAAUCCAAACACGGCAAGACCGGCAGAACACAGUCCCUGACAGAAGCCACGAGUGCCGCCGACGCACCCGAGGACAAUGACAAUUCGAGCACUGUUCUUCUUUCUACCAUUACAACGACAGAGGAAGUCGCCGAAAGGAUUAUCAAAGUCUUGGAAGACGCAAUUCAACGCGAUGCAGGUGAUUCUGUAUUUCUGAGCAGCGAAGAUGCAAACGAGAAAAAAAAACAAGAAGUCGCGGCAAGAUAUGCUUCCAUAUCCGCCCUCCGAAUGUCCCUGGCGGGAUACCUCCACACCAACCACGCGAAGAUGCGGGGCCUUCCCGUCGUUUCAAGUCUGGAAGAGCGGAUCAAAGGCCGGUUAGGAUUCGAUCGGCCCGCCAUAAACACACUGAACAUGGUCAACGCGGCCUCGGUGGACCACUCUCUGUCGAUGUCGCAGUACAUAAAACCAGAGGACGAGAAGGCCGAUAAGGGCUGGGGGAUUCCCCGUAUCCAUCUUGAUCUCGGCCUUGGUUUGCAAGAGAGUUCGCCCGCAGACGUUUGCAAGCAGUUCAUCAGCGACAAUAAGCCGUUGCUGCACCCCUUUACGGGCGAAAAAGUCGGUCGCAUGCAAGUGAAAAAGGUCUUUCCUUCGAAGCGAAAACCAGUCUGGAUAGAGUAUUUUGCACCGCCGUCGUCGCCUUCCGAUGGUUCGGAAGAAGGAUCUAUCGAGGAACCGCUAAAGCCAGAUGUUCUCGCCAAGCAGGGUGAUGACCUUCGCAACGAUUUUUCCGUAACAUGUGUCUCGAGGCUCUGCGAAGAUAUCUGGGCAGCGGCUUCCGUUGAUUGGAAGCUGGGCCACCCACCCACGGUCUGCGCCUACGAUGUCCUUGUCACCGCUCCCGAUGCGGGAUACCUGGAAAUGGUGCCGGGAAAGAAUUUUUUGGACCUGAGCCAAAAAGUUGCAGGAGUGGAACCAAAUCCGGAUGAUUCUUCCACCACCAAAAGCAGCUUUAGUUUUGAGCUGAGCAAACCAUUUUGCAUGGAUCGCAAAACCGGAUGGGACGAUGUCGAUGUAAAAAAGUUGGCCCCUAGCUUGGUGGGGUCGUACAUUGUGAACUUUGUGCUCGGCGUACGGGAUCGGCAUGAGGACAACAUGAUGGUCGUGGGUGAUCUGAGUGAGGAUCCAAGAAUGAUGCAGAUUGACUUUGGAUACAUACUAAUGGAAUUCCCCGGAGGCGUCCAUUUCGAUAUGCCCCGCCUGACCAUGCCGAUUGCGCUGGUAGAUCGCUUCAACACCGAACCUGGCAGCGACGAGGGCCACACACUGAUGGAGGAUCUCCAGCAUGACAUGCUUACCGCAUACCUGAUUCUGCGCAGGAAUUCCAGCCAGUUCAUACCCUUUUGCGCCCACCUCAUGUCGUCUUCCUAUGAAUACAAGCACGUAGAAGCGGUCCUGAGGGGCAAACACGUCUUUCGGACAAAUAUGGACGAAACGAAAGUCAUCAAGUGGAUGACGCAAAAGCUGUUGACUCAGUGGGCCCACUUUUAUUUCCGACGGGAGAUCAAGCAGGGCAUGGUCAGCGGAUACUACAAAUUUGUCGAAACAAUGACCUUUGAAAACAAGGGAACGGAUAGCAACGAGAAGCAUACCAUCAGGAAAAGACUCACAAGUUUUUUCGCGCAGAGAUCGAGCCACGAGGCAGCAGCUCGAAGCGGAAGCGAUCACGAAGACGUUGAUGAUUCCAUUGACGUUGACGAUGACGAUGAUAGCUACCAUGUGCUUGACGAUGGCAAUAAUGGUUCUAGGGAUGUUAGCAACCGCUCGAUUCAGGAUUUCGGUGUCGAUCUCCAGGAUUGUGUGAAGGAAGCAAUGCUACAGCAGAAGGAAGUGCGCAGCUUCAUGAUAUCGCAGAAGGAGGAGCACGGCACCCUCAUCGACUUGGAUGAUGAUGAAGAUGCGAAAAAGUCAUCGACAUGAGUUAUGCUGUAUCGCAUCAAGUUUUCUUUUGGCUUUGUAAACUGAAAAUUUACGGGCUAAGUGCUACAGGUUGUUUCAGUGUGGCACAAAAUGCACAAAAAUGAAAUGUGACAAAAUAU